CUCUAGCUUAUACUAAUUAAUAUUACACAACACACACUUCUACUAUGGCUCACAGAGUCCUGCACUUCAUCGCUGACUUCUUCGUCUAUGAAACAGCCAAAUCUGUUGUGGUGAAGAGCUGGUCUGUUGGAAUCAUCAACCGUGUUGUCCAGCUGUUAAUUAUUCUGUAUUUCAUCUGCUGGGUGUUUAUGCAUGAAAAAGGACAUCAGCAGCGGGACACGGGAAUCGAGUCUGCGGUCAUGAGCAAAGUGAAAGGCUUGGGCAAAUUUAACAAUCGUGUGAUGGACGUGGCAGACUAUGUAGUUCCCUCACAGGGUGGUUCUUCGUUCUCUGUCAUCACCAGCAUGGUCAUCACAGCCAAUCAGACGCAAGGACGAUGCCCUGAGACUGAUCCGAAGUUUAAAUGCACUACUGAUGAUGAAUGCAUGGCAAAACUGGGCUCAAAUUUAGGAAAUGGUAUCAUAACAGGCACAUGCUUGAACAAUAAUAAUGAGACAACGGGAUGGUGUGAAAUUGAAGGCUGGUGUCCUGCAGAGGAUGACACCGUUUCAGGAAAGCCAAUGAAAGAGGUGGAGAACUUCACCAUCUUCGUCAAGAACAGCAUUCGCUUCCCUAUGUUUAAUGUUACUAGAGGCAAUUUCCCUUCAAGCCUAAACCAGUCUUACAUUCAGAGCUGUCAUUAUGACUCAGUGGACGAUCCGUUCUGUCCGAUCUUUAAAGUGGGAGAUAUCCUGAGACACAUCAAUCAAAGUUUUGACAGCAUUACUGACAAAGUAGGUCCAUUCAGUUUAUUGGUAUGGAAGUGUAAUCUGGAUUAUAAUGUGAUGUACUGCAAUCCUAACUACUUCUUCACACGCUUGGAUGCUGCUUUUAAGAACAGCGCUGCUUCCAAAGGAUAUAACUUCAGGUUUGCUAAAUACUAUCAGUCUGAAGAUGGGACCGAGCAUCGAACGCUUCAUAAAGCUAAAGCCAUCCGCUUUGAAAUAAUCGUAUCUGGCAAUGCAGGAAAGUUUAGCACUGUGCCAUUUCUGAUUAAUUUGGUGGCAGCUUUCACUUCAGUGGGAUUGGCUACAGUGUUCUGUGACAUCAUCCUUCUCAACUUUCAUAAAGGGGCGGACGAGUACAAAGCAAAGAAAUUUGAAGAGGUGCCAGAGUUUCCUGAUUCAGCAAACAACAGACUCUAUGAGGGAAGCCAGAUGUCACUCAAAGCACUGGAGAAGCGCUCAAAUGACUCCGGGACCUUUUCUAUCGGACGGCAGGACCCGUCAAAUCAAUGAGACUUUCAAAUAAUAUUCCUACUUCUAGAUUUGUGAUUAUUUGCACUUUCUUUAAGUAAUAGUAUAGUAAUAGUUUGUUUUAAAUCUGUGAACCUAGGGCUGGAUUUGUUCAAGAGUUUAAAUCUUAGAAUUAUUUUUUGUCAACCCCAAACCCUGAUGAAAACACACAUCUAUGCAAAUACACUACCAGUCAAAAGUCUGUACACACCGGAUCAUUCUUUAUUCUUAUUUUCUGCAUUUUAGAAUAAUAACCAAGUCAUCAAAUCUAUAAAAUAACAGAAAUGUAAGUUUGAGAGUUACAUAGUAACCAAAAACGGUAACCAAUCAAAACAUCCUAUUUCUUGAGCUUUAAACAGAUUUUCCAUAUAUGCUGGACAGUGCUUUACAUCUCAUUUUUUUGAGUCUGGUCUAUAUGUUCACUGUUUUCUAUAUAUUUUUCUACAAAAUUUAAUUUUAAGUUGCUUCAUGUAAAAAGCAAUAGAUUUAAUCAAAGCUUUGACUGAGUGUAUACAGUUAUUAAGCAGGAGUAAGUUAAAUCACAUAUAGAAAGAACAUUCAUUAAAUAACAGAUAAUCUUUGAGCAUGUAAAAUGAACAAAGAAAGAAAAUAAUGAUAUGUGAGUAUAUGGAUAUUUUGUGUGUUUCACGUGAAACAUUUGUCUAAAUCAGCUUGAUUUUCAUGUUGUUGACUUUAUUUACUUGAACUAUGCCCUUGAGAUUGUAAGUAAUGUUAUCUUGGAAAAUAAAUUGCACAACCUCUUUGCAUUCUUAUUA